AUGCCCGAGAGUAUCACGCUGAAGACGGCCGAGUUCGACUCGCGUUUCCCCAACCAGAACCAGACCCGCCACUGCUGGCAGAACUACGCGGACUACUACCGGUGCAUCAACAAGAAGGGUGAGGACUACGAGCCUUGCAAGCUCUUUUUCAACAACUACAACUCGCUGUGCCCCAACGAAUGGAUUGCCAAGUGGAACGAGCUGCGUGAGAACGACGCGUUCCCUGCCAACCUCGAGGGUUAA